UUGACACUUUUAAUAUACCCGAUUAGAGUACUUUGUUAAUGUAGAUUAUCUUUCUACUUAGUUGUUCGGCAAGGUAGCCUGCUUCCACGGUUUCAAAGGAAUUUAGGCCUUUUAAAUUAAUUUGACUAGAGAGAUUAUCUACGAUUUAGGGAUCAAAAACGUCCACUAACUGAAAUGUAAAAGGUUUAGCCUUCCUAUCAAACGCUAAAUAGAAAUGUUACACUUCUCUAGGGAUGAGUUCAUAAUAGUCAGAAUUCCCGGCUGAUUAGCUGGUUAGCAACGCAAACCAGAUCAUCUCAUGUGGCUUCAUUACAACCAUUGGCCUAGAGGUGAUGGCGCCGUAGGGGCUUGAUAUCAUUGGACAAGCUGCCAUCAGACUGAUCAGAAGGGCUCUAACGCCUCCUGCUGUCAUCGCGCCGAACUCCAUUAGGCGGAACCUGUCGUCGGUGGCGAUGCCGCGUCGUGGAUUAAUCUCAAUGUAUUUAAAUGUACGAGACGGCGUCCACAUCAUGUACCUGUGUGACCGUAAGGAUAAUAGGGUUUCAAUGGACGAACAAAAGAGGCGGUCAGCGUGGUGUCGUUAUUAUUUGUUAUGGUCAUUGUUAACCAGCAGCAACCUCAACAUGAAGCCGUCAACCCUAUCUCUUGUUUAGUGAGUAGAAAAAAGAUCCAGCAAACAGCAUUUGACACUGAACUCAUGGAGACCAAAGAACAACUCGGGAUAUAAUAGAAAAGCCCCAAAAAAGCUAACAAUUUAAUAUCUCUGAUUUGAGCCAAUCUUCUGAUUCAUCUUUCAAUAAUCUUCUCUAUUGUAUCCUCAGUUAGGCUUGUGCCACCCUAGCUCCCAACACCCAUCUCUCUUCUCAACAGUGACCCUCAUUGGGGCAAUGCCAGUUUUGCUAAAUGCUGAUGCAUCCUUUAGCUCCAAGCAGGAGCUCUUGGACCUGCAGGAUUGCCCCCAAGGCUCAGUGGACAACACCCCAAGCCCUUUGGACUCUCAGACUGUGAGCCCCAUAGAGUCAGGCCCUGGAAGUCUCAGACGGGAUCAUGGCGGCAUUCGGCCAAAAAUUCUCACUGGCACAAGCACACUCCAGCGGGAGAUCCAAACUGUGGACGGUAUCAUCAGUGUGGAGACCUCCAUGGGCUCCAAAUUCACCUCAGAGGACUUGGAUCCGCAGUGUGGCUGGGGGGCCCUGACUCACAGGACCCUUCAGGUCUUCAACACCCCUCGAUGGCUGCUGUUCUUCCUGUGCACCGCUUCAUUCCUCCAGGGCAUGAUCAUCAACGGCUUCAUCAACACAGUGGUCACCUCCCUCGAGAGGCGCUUUGACCUGCGCAGCUACCAGGCCGGCCUGAUUGCUAGCUCCUACGACAUCGCUGCAUGCGUGUGCCUUGCAUUCGUCAGCUACUUUGGUGGGACUGGCCACAAGCCUCGCUGGCUGGGCUGGGGAGUGCUCAUGAUGGCUCUUGGAUCGCUUGUGUUUGCCUUACCCCACUUCACCACACCCCCCUACCAGGUCAGCUUGCCCGAGCACACAGGAAUGUGCUCUGCCAACCGUACCGGGCCGUGCCACAACAAGGAGAGUACUGGGCUCUCCAACUAUCGUUUUGUAUUUAUGUUGGGCCAGUUUCUCCAUGGUAUGGGGGCCACGCCACUCUACACAUUAGGGGUCACAUACCUGGAUGAGAAUGUCAAGUCAAGCUAUGCUCCUGUUUAUAUAGGGAUCUUCUACACAGCAGCCAUUUUGGGACCAGCCGCAGGUUAUCUGCUGGGUGGCUUUUUUCUCAAAAUGUACACUGAGACACACCUGACUACAGAGCUAACUCCAGAGAACCCUCUGUGGGUGGGGGCCUGGUGGAUCGGGUUCCUGGCAGGAGGAGCAGCAACUCUGAUCAUUGCCCUCCCUAUCCUGGGCUAUCCUCGACAACUACCAGGCUCUCAGAAGUUGGCAGCCAUGCGUGUGUCUGAAGCUCACCAGAUUAAAGACGGCAGCAAUGCCACAGCCUCCGACCCACAGUUUGGUAAAUCAGUCAAGGACAUGCCCCGGUCUGUGUUGAUGCUCUUGAAGAACCCCCCCUUCCUGUUCCUGUGUCUGGCCGGCGCCACAGAGGCCACGCUCAUCGCUGGCAUGUCCACCUUCGGCCCCAAGUUCCUGGAGUCCCAGUUCAACCUCAGCGCCUCAGAGGCCGCCACAUGGUUCGGCAUCAUGGUGGUCCCGGCCGGCGGGGGGGGCACCUUCCUGGGGGGCUACAUCGUGAAGCGCCUCAACCUACGCUGCCGCGGUAUCAUCCGCUUCUGCAUGCUGUGUGCCCUGGUCAGCCUGCUGGCCAUCUUCAUCUUCCUCAUCCACUGCCCCAACGAGCCCAUGGCCGGGAUCACUGAGCCCUACCGCUCUGCUGUCCACCGCAGCCCCCAGUUCCAAUACCAGUACCCCACCAGUAACACCAGCAACCAGCCACUCACAAAUAGUUCUGACCUGGAGCCUGACAGCCUGCUAGCUGAAUGCAACUCAGGCUGCAGCUGUGCCCGGGAGCUGUACAACCCGGUGUGUGGGGAUGACGGCGUCAUGUAUUACUCUCCCUGCCACGCAGGCUGCAGCACCAUCCAUCACACCGACGCCACGACUGGAAGACAGGUGUACUCUGGAUGCAGUUGUGUGCUGAACACAACAGAGGACGUGGGCAUGGCCCUGGCAGGGAAGUGCUCUGGCUCCUGUAACCACAUGCCAGCCUUCCUCUCGCUGUUCUUCAUCGUUAUCUCCUUCACUUUUCUCUGUAGCAUUCCAGCGCUGACUGCCACCUUGAGGUGUGUGCCGGACAGCCAGAGGUCUUUUGGAUUAGGAAUCCAGUGGAUCGUGGUGCGCACACUUGGUAGUGUCCCCGGGCCCAUAGCGUUUGGAUCGGUGAUCGACUUAUCCUGCCUGCUGUGGCAGGAUAAGUGUGGUGAGCAGGGCUCCUGCUACCUCUAUCAAAACUCUGCCAUGAGCCAAUACACCCUUGUAACUGGAAUCAUAUAUAAGGUGAUGGGGAUCAUAUUCUUCCUGUUGGCCAGCAUUCUUUACCAGCCCCCCCCAGAGUCCCCACAGAGCAGCUGUGAGAGCACUGACCAGGGCGCUGGAGAUGUGGGGGACCUACCCAUCAAGGACCUUCCACAAGAUGGUGUCAUUGCCAACCCACAUGCUAGGUUUUGAUUCAAAGACUAUCCCAGACUGCUGCCUUUGUGUUGCACGCAUGGACAUUAUUUUGUUCAAGAUGGGUGUUGGAUGCUUGAUGUUUGAUGCAGUGUGUGUGUGUGUGUGUGUGUGUGUGUGUGUGUGUGUGUGUGUGUGUGUGUGUGUGUGUGUGUGUGUGUGUGUGUGUGUGUGUGUGUGUGUGUGUGUGUGUGUGUGUGUGUGUGUGUGGCAAGCCUGUGGUAACGGUAGUGUCUCAUUAACAGAAUACAAAAAUGAACAACAUUGCAGCACAGCUUUGCAGACUGAAUAGCCUGUUGUGAGUCCUGCUUGUGUUUUCAGUGUACAUUAGGGCCUGUAUUUCCAUUAUUCUUUUUGGUAUGUAAUGUUGAAAUGGAUUCAGAACUGUUCAUUCUCAUUUAUCUUAUGCUGUAUUAGGAUGUGUCGUCUGAAAAGGCAACACAUCCACUGAGACCUGUGCAUUGUAGUCCUUCCAUGUUUGAAGCAUUUUGGAUGUUGGGCAGAAGUAAUGUAUAUCCUUUUCCUAGACACAGACAACAAUGGGCCUUCGGUUAUUUCAAAGGUUGACUGAAGGAAGUUGACUAGAUUGGUAUAAUAUCCUUAUUAUACACAUUAGGUAUGUCAUUAUAUCCAUGCCAAACCAAAACUUUGUCAAAACUUUUAUUAGGCUAUAAUAACUUUUCAACACCCAGCAGCACAAAUAUGGUCCGAUAACACACAUCAAAGCACAAAUUUUUUUCAUAGCCACUGUGAAACAUGAAAAGUGUGCAUCGUUUUCUGGCGUUUAAAAGCAAUUAAAAAAUUGGGGGACAUUUUAGUUUAGCUUGCUACCAACACAAGAUCAGUAUGUAUGAUUCUUUAGUAUGAAAAUAAAGUUGUUGUAAUAAGGAAAUGCAUAUCUGCACUUUAACCUAGCAAAGUGAACUAUUACAGGAAGUAGGAUAUGUUUUAUAUAUUGGACUGGCCAAGGAUGACCCAGUUGGCACAGCUUGACAUAUACAAAGCAUCACUGUUAUUUGGACCUAUUAGUAAAAAAAAGUAUCAUGGACCUCUCAAAUUAGAUGAUUUUUUCCUUCUUACCAUCAAAUAACAUUUUCCUUUAAUAUGCAAUAACACAGUGGUCCAAUGCAUAGUGAUUUUGUCUCAUAGAUCCAGAGUCCUGAGAUUUAUACCUUGUACAGGCCUACUCCCCUAAGACUGCUCAGUUUCUAAUUAAUGAGGCUUGUGGCUGAGGUAAAUGGCAGAAGAAUGAUGAUCCAGCAUCUACUGAGAACAGCAGUCCUACUUUUUCCAUUUAAUCGUUCUCCCUGACAUCUGGAAAAAACAAUUGUUAAAUGUGUUUUGAGUUAUUCCAAUUGUUUGUUUUUUAAACAUUGACAAAGUAACCAACUUUUUCAAAAUGUUUCUGAAAAAGAAAAAAAUUCUAUAAACAAAGUUGAACAAUA